AUGUCUGAUUCUGAGCCAGACAAUGACCUUCUUGAUUUUCUUCGUCAACACUUUUCCAAAGCCUCAAUUGCAAGUGUACCAGAGACAAAGGUGCUUGAAGGUGCUGAGUAUGUCUACCAUAACUCUAUUGACGUGGCCCUUGACUCGCAGUCGACUAUUGCAGCAGCUGCCAUGAUAUACGAACAGAUGCAAAAGAAGCAGUAUUCGACAAAGACAUGGCAGUCACACGAUUUUCACCCACAAGCACUUGACGCAAGCACUGUAGACUUCAUUUUUACUAUGGACUUGCUGAACUUUUCCUUUUGGUCUGAGAACGAUGAAGAAGAACGGUUCGCUAUCGAGUACCAGGGGAAACGUUGCACGGGAUACAAGAGCUUGGUUGCCGCAUUGCAGCGUGCACUUGAAGAGGGUAUUCCAAUUACGUCUUCUGAUUUUUGGCAGAGCGAAGACGAGUGUACCAUUGAUGUUUUGAGACAUGUUUUCAGAAGUGCCACAGCCGAGGAAAUUCCUCUCCUUCGCGAACGUUUUGACUGCUUACAAGAAGCGGGUGAAGUCUUGUACGAAAAAUAUCAAUGCAGUUUCACGAAAUGCAUUGAAGCUGCCAACCAUUCAGCAGCUGCUCUUGUCAACUUGCUAGCUGAAAACUUUACUUGUUUCAACGAUGUUUUCCCUUACGAGAACCGCAAGAAUGUACGAUUUUUGAAAAGAGCGCAAAUAUGCGUAGCAGACUUGUGGGCCGCAUUUGAUGGAAAGGGCUAUGGGGAAUUCCAUGACAUCGACGGGCUCACUAUCUUUGCGGAUUAUCGAGUUCCUCAAAUAUUGAACUCACUUGGCUGUUUGUGGUACAGUCCUCUUCUACAAAGUGCCGUCAAUCAGAAAAAGGUCAUCGAAAGUGGCCAUUCUUGGGAGCUCCAAAUAAGAGGUUGUAGUAUUUGGUGUGUCGAACUUAUUCGCAGGGAAAUAUUGAGAAAGCAUCCGGAUGCAAAUAUAAAUGCCAUCUUGAUUGACUUCUUUCUGUACGACUUAAUGAAAGAGCGUGAAGCCGCGGGCCAAGAAGAUAUCCCUCACCAUAGAACUAGGAGUAUAUGGUACUAG